AUGUUCGCUUUCCCAGAGCUCUACUUCAACGUGGACAACGGCUACUUGGAAGGGUUGGUCCGGGGCUUGAAGGCCGGGUUGUUGAAAUUGGAAGAUUACCGCCACCUGGAGCAGUGUGAGACUCUCGAUGAUAUGAAACUACACCUCCAAACCACGGACUAUGGGAACUUCCUGGCGAAUGAGACAACCCCAUUAACGGUGUCAAUCCUUGAUGACAAACUCAGGGAGAGGAUGGUGGCCGAGUUUCGCCACCUGAGGAGUCAGGCCUACGAACCACUAGCUGGCUUCCUGGAUUAUAUCACCUACAGCUACAUGAUCGACAAUGUCAUCCUGCUGAUAACAGGAACCUUGCAUCAUCGCAAAGUUGAGGAAAUUGUGCAUAAGUGCCAUCCCUUAGGUAACUUUGAGCAGAUGGAGACCGUGAGCAUUGCUCAGACACCAGAAGAAUUAUAUAACGCUAUCUUAGUGGACACCCCACUCUAUUCAUUCUUCCAAAAAUGCAUCUCUAAGAAGGACCUCGAGCAUAUGAACAUCGAGAUCAUACGAAAUAUGUUGUACAAAGCCUACCUAGAGGCUUUCUACAAGUUCUGCACCCAGCUAGGGGGCAUCACAGCAGAUACCAUGUGUCCUAUCCUGGAAUUUGAGGCUGACCGCAGAGCCUUCAUCAUCACCCUCAACUCAUUUGGCACGGAGCUCUCCAAGGAGGACCGGGCCAAGUUGUUUCCACAUUGUGGGAAGCUCUACCCUGAGGGUUUGGCCCUGCUGGCCCAGGCUGAUGACUACAAGGAGGUCAAAACUGUGGCUGACUACCACCUGCAAUAUAAACAUAUCUUUGAAAGGGUUGGUGGCAAUUUUGGAGAUAAGACCUUGGAGGACCGAUUCUUUGAGCAGGAGGUGAAACUGAACAAGCAGACCUUUCUCAACCACUUCCACUUUGGUGUCUUCUAUGCCUUCCUGAAGCUCAAGGAGCAGGAGUGCCGUAACCUUGUGUGGAUUGCCGAGUGCAUCGCCCAGCGCAACCGGACCAAGAUCCACAACUAUAUCCCUAUCUAUUAG